AUGGAUGAACAACAAGAACAAUCAAUCACUUUAUUAUUCCUUAAUACCCAUCGUUUAUCAAUCCCAUUAACAUUAACAAAUAAUGUAUCAAUCUUGAAGAAAUAUUUAAUAGAAAACUGGUCAGCAGAUUUCAUAACUCCUUUAGAUUCUGAUGAUUCCAACAUGGGGUUCAAACCAACUUCAAUAGAUCAAAUAAGGAUGAUCCAUUUAGGUAAGCCUUUAACUGACGAUAUGUUGAUUAGUGAUUUAAAUUUAAAUUUAAGUGAUAUUAUCCAUGUUAGCUUCAAACCUGCUGUGAAAAAUGAGCAGCAACAACAACAUAAAGGGUUAUCUCUGAAAAGAGGGAAGAGUACUACAAGCAAUGAGAAUAAGAAUACAAAUGAUGGCAGUGCAUCUAAUAGUAAUGUCCAAGAGAAGAAUGGUGGGGGAUGUUGUGUUAUUGUUUGA